CCCGCCCCGCGGGCUCCUCCCCGCCGCCGCGGUCCCCCGGCUGCUGCCCCGAUGCGCUGCGCAGGGAGCCGGGGCCGAGUCGCCGCCGCAGCUGCAGGGGCGCCGGGGCCGGGUGACGCCGCCGCCGCCGCGCGCGCGUCUCGCAGGCCCUACCGGCCGCAUGGAGCCCCCGGAGGGCGCCAGCCCGGGAGGUUUAGUUAAGGAGGUCGACGUGCCACAGGCUGCUCUCAGCACCCCCGUCCCUGUCACAGGGACCGGUAGCCAGUCUCCCGUGGCUGAGGAGGAGUUGGGCGUCCCAAUACCAGCACCAGGGCUCCUGCAGGUCACGGAAAGGCGGCAGCCGCUGAGCAGCGUCUCCUCCCUGGAGGUGCACUUCGACCUACUGGACCUCACCGAGCUGACUGACAUGUCUGACCAGGAGCUGGCCGAGGUCUUUGCAGACUCGGACGACGAGAAUGUGGCCAGCGACUCGCAUGCAGGCCUACACCCACUGCCCCGAGCCGGCUGUCUGCGCUCACCCUCCUGGACGCGCACCAGGGCAGAGCAGAACCGUGAGAAGCAGCCCUUUGGCGACCCUGAGCGGCAGCCUACCAUUGUGGACACGAUUCUUACUGUGGAGAGGCCCAAGGAGGACUAGGCGGGCUGGCCUGGGGCCAAGAUGGGGCAGAUCCGGACAGCCGUGGCCACGUGGACACUGCCCGCCCUCCCCACUGCGGCUCUGGGCUGGGGUCUCAAGGCACUUCAGCAUAAGCAUGGCCCAGUGGCCUUAUAUCAGCUCCUUCCUGGUCCCUGGGUCAGGGACAAGGCCCAGGGAUGAGAUGAGACUUGUCUGCAGGAAUGGUGUUGUCAUCUGUCACCAGAAUCCUGGGUGGGGCCAGGGUGAGUGGGGAUCUGCUGGUGAGAGGGGGUGAACCGCCAUGCCAAACUCCAGCCCAUAGGAGUCUGCUGUCCAGCCAAGGAGUGGAUAGGGGAGUGAGUCCCCAAAAUCACCUGAUUCCCCCCUGCUCCCUGCUGCUGCCCGGGAACACUGUUAGCACCAGACACCCCCAGCAACUUGCUCGUCCUCCUCCCUCCAUCAGCCAGACCCACCUUCCUAAGCGCGGAAUGCCAAGUCCAUCAAGACGGCCUCAGACGGCAGGGCAGGCAGGGCUUGCCCAGUCUCCACAGCCCACCAGGCACACACACGCACACACGUGUAGGUCUGUGUCCCUGGCUAGCGUCCCAGUCUGGGGUGCAGCAGUCAGAGGAGGUGGGGACAUGAGGGCACUUGGGCACAGCCCCUGAACCCCAAUUCAGGGAUGCCAGGCUUGACUGCUCCCAAUGCUGCUUAUGUGCUGAGGACAGGACUAGCUUCCAGUCUGACAGCAAGUCCAGUCUGCUUUCUGUCCCCAAGGCCACCUGUCCUGACCCCUUCUUCACUGAGACAUUUCUGGGGAAGAAAAACAGGCUCCUCUGUGGAAGCCCUGGGCACACCCUGCCAGGAAGGGUCGCUGCUGCACCAGGACUGGGGCGACACUCCUGCACACGAGGGGCAGCUGCACGGGGGUGAUUUCCAAGAGUCUAAUGGAAAAGGGGCCCCACGAGGGCCGCCGCGCCCCACCCACCCCGGGGUCUUUCCUCCAGCCCCCAUCCUUCCUGCUGCAGCUUCCGUGACCUCGUUUCGAAAACGCGCAAUUAAAACGUCGCCCUGUCCUCAG